UGCCUUGCAGAGCUCGGGGGUUCACUGACACAGAGAACUGUCAGUGCACAGGAGCAGCGCCUGGGGAAAGCUCAUUGUGUCCAUUGUCAUAUAGAAUGUCAUUUAUCGUAUCUCCUCAAUUCUGAGAGCAAUAUUGUUUCUGGCAAGAUGGGUUUCUGGGCACCAUUCUACCCAGUUUUAUUUCUACUCUUACUACUUUCCACCAGACUGGUGGCCCAAAGAAGCAAGAAAGUCAUUGAACUCAUGGAAUCUGCACGUUUAAUCGAUGGCCACAAUGAUUUAGCACUACAACUGAGAAGAUACUUUAACAACAACCUGACUGCAGUUGACUUGAAAACUUUGAACAAGACAAAUACAAAUAUUAACAAACUAAAAGAAGGAAAUGUAGGAGCCCAGGUGUGGUCUUCAUUUGUACUGUGCUCAGCCCAACACAAAGAUGCUGUUCGUCUGACCCUAGAACAGAUAGAUGUCAUCAAACGGAUGUGCAUGAAGUAUCCAGACUUUGAGUUGGUCACAACUUCAGAAGGCAUUAACAAGACUAAAAAAAUAGCGUGUCUCAUCAGCAUUGAAGGAGGACACUCCAUUGACAGCAGUCUGGCAGCCUUAAGGAUGUUUUAUGAACUUGGAGUGCGCUCUAUGUCAUUGACGCACAACUGCCACACACCAUGGGCAGAGAGUGCAACAGAGAAACACAACAGGCAGUCUCACAGAAAUGCCAGUUUAUCUAAAUUUGGCCAGGAGGUUGUGAAGGAGAUGAAUCGAUUGGGAAUGAUAAUAGAUCUGUCACAUACUUCCAGUAACACAGCAAAAAUGGUCCUUAACAUCUCCAGGGCACCGGUUAUCUUCAGCCACUCAUCGGCUUACGCUAUCUGCCAACAUCACAGGAAUGUUCCAGAUGAACUUCUCAAGAUGAUCAAAAAGAACAAUGGCUUAGUAAUGGUGAACUUCUACUCUGGUUUUGUCUCCUGUCAGAAGCUUUCCAAUAUUUCCAGAGUUGCAGAUCAUUUCGACCACAUCAAAAAGAUUGCAGGAUACGAGUCAGUUGGAAUAGGUGGAGACUAUGAUGGGGCCACUGGGUUCCCACAGGGUCUGGAAGAUGUGUCCAAAUAUCCUGCACUCAUUGAGGAAUUGUUGAGACGCAAGUGGCCAGAAAAAGAACUAAAAGCUGUACUUCGAUACAACUUUCUGCGGGUUUUCCGCAGUGUGGAAAAGGUGAAGGAGCAACUGAAGGAUAUUUCAUCCAGUGAAAUGGAGAUCCCCUUUGAAGACGUUAACAAUCCCUGUCGCUUGAAUCUCAAGAAACCAUUUCCAAAUUUAGGACUAUCGCUAAGCAAAACAAUUUCUCCUGCUCUUAACAUUAUUCAUACAGUUACACUCUACAUUGUUUCCAUCAUUUUAAUUGGUUAUUGAAUACAGUCCAAGGUCAUUGAACAGUGUGGAGCUAGAAAAGCACAGCUGCUCAGGGACAUUCCUGAUGAAGAGCUUAUGCUCGAAACAUCGACUCUCCUGCUCCUCAGAUGCUGCCUGACUGGCUGUGCUUUUCCAGCACCACACUUUUUGACUCUGAUCUUCAGCAUCUGCAAUCUUCACUUUCUCCCAAGGUUAUUGGACAGCCAAGCCAUGUUCAAGGAAUUAUCUCGCUGGGCUACAGGAUAAAGGCUUGUAAUAACCUUGCUAUUUGGCAGAGUGAUGAAAGGUGGAGGUAAAUCAACCUAUACAUCUUAAAAUAAUGGAGGACUUGAAUAAUUCAUCUCUGAUUUACAGAAUGAGAUGCAAAGUUUGAAAAUAACCAAGCACAAUUAUUUCUGUUCACGUACAUGAGCUUGUUUAUACAUUACCUUGCUGACCAAACAAGAUAUCAUCAUCGAUAUCCUGCUAAAUUGUGAGCAGUGCAAUAAUUUAAAUACCUCUUCUAAUCACUUCGCAUUAGAAGAAAACUCUCUUGAGAAGAACUGUUUCAGAUGUUAAUGGGUUGUGCUUUGUUCUUAGUAUUUCUCUACAUUUCUCCUUUAAGACACUCCUUAAAUCUGACUUUUUUAUCCAAAUUUUGAGUCAUCUGAAAAUAACAUACCCUCAUAUGUCUUGGUGCCAUUUUUGUUUUGUGCCUAAUGACUAAUGAAGUGCCUUUGCACAUUUUAUUCACUGAAAUACCAAGAACACAGGAUGGAUGUGCAACUCUUGCUUAUGGUAUUUUUGUCACAAUUCCAUCUGAUUAUUGUCAUGUAUUAGACUGAUAUUACAAAAAAAGGAAAAGGGUUUUGAACAACAUAGCUAUUGUGCCAAAUACACACAAAUUCUCAUUUAAGAAAACCAAUCCUCCCCUUUUUCCUAUGUUCACUGUAUUCCUGCCCACGUAUCCAAUUCAAAAAGGGAAACACGUACAUGAUUGAGUUCAAGCCCUCUGACAAGUCUGCUGGAAGUGAUUCUGGAUGACUCACCUUUUGAUUUUCUAUGGGCCAUUACCCAAUAUAAAUUCAGCGAUAUCCUUGUGGAUACAUGACAACAGGCCAGAGGGAUCACAGGAGUCAAACAUGGAUUUUGUGCACCACCUUUGUGCAAUGCAGUACGAUUUAAUCUGCUCCAUGCCUCUAGCCUAAUAGUCAAGAGUAAUUGUGGCUUUUGUGGUUUUAAAAAUUAAAAACCCAUA